CAAUAAUUCCUGUCGUACUAACUUUAUUCUGAAGGAAGCUGCGUUUCGACACAAACUUCUCGUUCUGUUCAUUUUCUAAACCAUGACUCCGGUUCUUUAAGGGGUGACAGAGGUUUAAAUGUCCGUCUGAGGGGUCUCAAACACCGGACUCCUCUGCUGGCCGAGCCGCUCUGACUCUACAGCCUCCGUUAGCCUGCGGAUGCUAACUCCAGCUAGCCCUGAAGCUACCGCAGCUUCGUAGGUGAGGGGGCAGAAGUCCUGCUUGUUUCUCGGUUGUUUUUGUCGUCCCAUCGGUGGAAACCCCGCACGGAGAGGGAUGUGGAGGGUAACUCUGAAAGCGUUCGCUGUCUUGCUGUUGGCCUGGUUCUUCGGCAACUUUGUUCUGGGCUGGUUUCAACAAAACAACGUAAAAACACAACCGGAGCACAAAGAGCAGCCGAGCACCGCCACAGAGAGUCCGGCGGACCAGAGCUGCUUCUGCCAUCUGACCGGAGUCCUGGACGACUGCUUCUGUGACGUGGAGAGCAUCGACGUCUUCAACAACUUCAAGAUUUACCCUCGAAUCAAGAGGCUGACAGAGAAGGACUACUUCAGAUACUACAGAGUGAAUUUAAAGCGACCGUGUCCCUUCUGGCCGGAUGACGCACAGUGUGCCAUCAAAGACUGCCAUGUGGAGCCCUGUCCAGAGAGUAAGAUCCCAGUGGGCAUCAAGUCUGGAAACUACAACAAGUACACCCAGGCGGCGAACACGAUGCCGGACAUGACGGACUGUGAACAGGCCAAAGAGCUGGGCGCCAUCAACAGCACCCUGAGCAACCAGACUAAAAAGGCGUUUGCUGACUGGGCGAGACACGACGAUGCUCAGGACCAUUUCUGUGAGCUGGAUGAUGAAACCUCUCCAGAUGCCGAGUACGUGGAUCUGCUGCUGAAUCCGGAGCGCUUCACCGGGUACAAGGGUCCUUCAGCCUGGAGGGUCUGGAACAGCAUCUACGAGGAGAACUGCUUCAAGCCCAGAUCGGUGUACAGACCUCUGAACCCUCUGGCUCCCAGCAGAGGAGACGACGACGCAGGAGAGGGUUUCUACAACUGGCUGGAAGGUCUGUGUUUGGAGAAGAGAGUUUUCUACAGACUCAUCUCAGGCCUCCACAGCAGCAUCAACCUCCACCUGUGUGCCGAGUACCUGCUGGACGAGGGUUGGGGCCGCUCCGUCUGGGGUCCGAACGUUCAGGAGUUCCGGCAGCGUUUCGACACGGCGGAGACGAAGGGCGAGGGCACGCGGAGGCUGAAGAACCUGUACUUCCUGUACCUGAUCGAGCUGCGGGCGCUCUACAAGGUGGCGCCGUACUUCGAGCGGGCCUUCGUCAACCUGUACACAGGGAACGUGCAGGAGGACUCGGCCACCAAGGAGCUGCUGCUGCAGAUCUUCAACGAGAUCAGAGCGUUCCCGAUGCACUUUGACGAGAAGUCGAUGUUCGCCGGACACAAGACGGAAGCAAAAAUAUUAAAAGAGGAAUUCCGUCUCCAUUUUAAAAACAUCUCCAGGAUCAUGGACUGCGUCGGCUGCAGUAAAUGUCGCCUGUGGGGGAAAAUGCAGACUCAGGGUCUGGGUACGGCCCUGAAGAUCCUGUUCUCUGAGAAGGAGAUCCAGAACCUCCCAGAGCACAGCCCCUCCAAAGGUUUCCAGCUGACCCGGCCGGAGAUCGUCGCCUUAAUAAACGGCUUCGCCCGGCUGUCCACCAGCAUACAUCAGCUGCACAACUUCCGCCUGCUGCUGAAGGAGAAUAGGUAACAGGAGGUGAUGCCUCACCUGGCCAGUAGGCGGAGUAGCCAGCCCACAGAGAACUGCAACGAGGAGUAAUCCUCGCCCAGAAGAAGAACUUUUUCAUGGACACCAAGAUCAGAAUAAAAGGAAAAAAACCUCAAAAUGCUUUCUCUAAUCCCAACAACCCUCUCCUCCUCCUCCUCAUCUUCUUCCUCCUCAUCUUCCU